AUGGAAACCCCAUUGUUCGAUGCAAAAUCGUCGUCGAACGAGGUGGUUCUCCAUGACGCGCCGUCAGCCGUGUUAGUGUAUGGCGACGGCGGCGAUUAUAUGCCGGUGCAAACGUUUCACGAUGUUAAGAAUUUGUUUUACCUUGAAUCGAUCAAAUUAUGGUCUAUUGCAGCUCCCAUUGCGUUUAAUAUUGUUUGCAAUUAUGGGAUUAAUUCGUUUACAAGUGUUUUUGUUGGGCACAUUGGAGAUGUGGAACUCUCUUCUGUUGCCAUUUCUUUAUCAGUCAUUGCGAAUUUCUCUUUCGGAUUUUUGCUUGGAAUGGCUAGUGCACUGGAGACAUUAUGUGGACAGGCCUUUGGUGCCGGGGAAACAGAAAUGCUUGGAGUUUACAUGCAAAGGUCGUGGAUAAUCCUCAUAACAGCCUGUGUCUGCCUAUUACCUCUUUACAUUUUUUCAGUCCCUGUGCUAAAACUCCUAGGCCAAAGACACGACAUUGCAGAAAUUGCUGGCAGAUUCUCAUUACAAAUUAUUCCUCAGAUGUUUUCACUUGCCAUAAAUUUUCCGACACAGAAAUUCUUACAAGCUCAAAGUAAGGUGACAAUUCUUGCAUGGGUUGGGUUUGUGGCCCUCGUUCUGCAUGUCGGUGUGCUGUUUUUGUUCAUUAAAGUUUUCAAAUGGGGAUUGGCUGGUGCAGCAGCAGCCUAUGAUAUUUCUGGUUGGGGAGUUGCUUUGGCUCAAGUUGUGUACAUUACAGGCUGGUGCCAAGAUAGCUGGAAGGGGUUAUCUUGGUUGGCUUUCAAGGACAUUUGGGCUUUUGUGAGGCUUUCUGUAGCAUCUGCGGUAAUGCUUUGUUUGGAGAUUUGGUAUUUUAUGAGCAUAAUUGUUCUUACAGGGCAUCUUGAAGAUCCAGUCCUGGCAGUUGGAUCCCUUUCAAUCUGCAUGAACUUGAAUGGAUGGGAAGGCAUGCUGUUCAUCGGAAUAAAUGCAGCCAUAAGCGUUCGUGUAUCUAAUGAACUCGGAUCUGGACAUCCGAGGGCUGCCAAGUAUUCAGUAUUUGUCACGGUUGUUGAAUCACUUUUCAUUGGGAUAAUUAGCAUGUUGAUAAUAAUAGCAACUAGGGACAAGUUUGCUGUCCUUUUUACCAACAGUGAACAAAUGCAAAAGGCUGUUUCUGAUUUAGCUUACCUUCUUGCUGUAACUAUGGUGCUCAACAGUAUCCAGCCAGUUAUAUCAGGAGUUGCUGUUGGGGGAGGAUGGCAAGGACUGGUGGCUUAUAUUAAUCUGACUUGCUAUUACAUUAUAGGACUCCCUAUUGGAUUUUUUCUUGGUUACAAUACAAAAUUAGGGGUUCAGGGAAUUUGGAUGGGGAUGAUUUUCGGAACUUUCCUGCAAACUGUGAUUCUUUUGCUUAUUGUGUGGAAAACGAAUUGGAAUGAGGAGGUGGCACAAACAUCAGAAAGAAUGCGAAAAUGGGGAGGGCUAAAUGAUGAUUUAGAUGUAAAGUAA